AUGUCUAUCGAGCCACUGAUCACAUUCAAAGCCGGCAAGUGCGAAAUCACUGCUAGAGACGGCAACAAGCAGUCGGUCAAGCCUGUCCGCACACAAGGUUAUGUCUACCUCUACCAGGGUGAAGAUGAGUUCGUGCACUUCUGCUGGCGACCCCGCAACAAGUCCCUCGACGAGUCUGAGCUUGACCUCAUUAUGAUCCCUGGCGACGGCUCCUUCUCCCCGUAUACCGGCAAGGAUGCUGCCGAAGACUCCGAAUCAGUCAAGUCGCCCACCGACGGCCGUGUCUUCGUCCUCAAAUUCAACUCUAGCUCACAGCGCUACCUCUUCUGGUUGCAAUCCAAGUCACAACACACGCGGGGCGAUGCAAGUUGGUUUAGCGAGCGUGAUUUGAAGAUCGGACAGGUUGUUGACCUCCUUCUAAACGGAGAGGAGAUCGACGUUCAAGCCGAGCUUGGGAGCAUCCCGAACCCACCCGCCAGCGGCGACGAUGACGAGACCAUGGAGGAUGUAGAAGAAGAGUCCUCUAGUCGAAACCGCCACGGCAGCACCGGGGGCGCUGGACCUGGAGCUACAGGAGGUGACAUUCGAGAUGAAGGAGAAGAAUCUCGUGAAGGCGGAGCUGAUGGCGGCCGAGCAGCAGAUUCAGGCGAUGUCUCAUCCAUCGUCCAGAACUUCAUGAACUCGCUCAAGGGCGGCAAUCUUGGUGGAGACGACGGCAGAGGGUCACAACAGUCUAGCGGCGAAUCGUUCACAACUCUACUCGAUCUUCUAUGGCCGACAUCGACUGUCCCAACGAUUGAAAACGCGUCAGACGAGCUCAUCGAUGCGCUUUGCGCACAACUACCCACGACCCCAUUCCUGCUCGAGGCUGAAGUCGAAGAUGUCGAUCAGAUCGAUCCCAACUCUGAGACCGCACAGAUGGCCAUGCAGACAUUGGACCAGGACUCAAAAAGGGAUGUGCUGAAGAGGAUAUUACGUGCGCCGCAGCUCCGCGCUGCGCUUGGCAGCCUGACAGAAGCGCUGAGAACAGGUGCGUUGCCUACAGUCAGUCAGGCGCUCAACAUAGACGUCGAGCACGGUGGCUACAUGAGGGGCGGCGCUAUGCCGCUCGGUGGCGGUGAUGCGGUUAAGGCCUUCCUCGAAGGUGUCAAGAAGACCGUGGAGAACGAGAAGAAGGGUGAUGGUGAUGAAGAGAUGGAUGAGCCUUGA